CGUGCGUGAUCUCGCAGGCCUUCGUACGCCGUGCACAGCCCUCCUCUCCAGCUGUCACUUUUCGAGGAGCUAGGUGGCAGUACUCUCACCGCAUUCCCACAAUUGUGCGGUUGCUCGCGCGGUGCACAGCUCAAAAAGCGCUCCACAGAGCCCAGCAUUGCCUGCACGCCAUCGUCGCGACGCUGUUGAUGCGCAUCGCGUUGCUCCUGAUGUGUCUCCACCCCGCCGCGACGAGACAGAUGGGAAAGCCACGAGCCGUCCUCUUCGACUUCGACGGCUCCCUCGCGCAGUCGGAAGAGGCGCACCGCAAGCGCUUCGUCGCGGCGACGGGCGUGGCCUGCGACAGCGCGCGCUGGGACAGCGAGUGCGUCGGCCGCAACACGGAGUGGAUCGUGUGCCACCUGCUCGGCGUCGACGAGCCGCCCGCGGCGGUGAUCGAAGAUUUACGCCAGCGCGUCGUCUCCGACGCUUUUUUAGCCGACGUCGCUCCGACCAGAGGCGGCCUCGAGCUCUUGAAGGCGCUGCGGGAGGCGGCGAUCCCCGUCGCCGUCGUCACGUCCGGCCUGCGCGCGUACGUCUCGGCGUGCCUCGAGCGCUGGGGCGUCGAGGUCGACUACAUUGUGGCCGGUGACGACGACGUUGCGCAUAAGCCCGCGCCCGACCCAUACCUGACGGCCUGCGAGCAUUUCGCCGUCGCGCCGGCGGAGUGCGUCGCCGUCGAGGACUCGCCCUCAGGGCUACAGAGUGCCCUCGCGGCGGGCGUUCCCGUCGUCGCGAUCGCGAACCCGGCGAACGCGGGCCUGCCGUUGCUCGACGAGGCGCGCGCCGUCCAGGGGGACUUGACGGACCGGGCGCCGUUCGGCAUGUAAGUUGUGCAUACUGUA